GUUUGAUGACGUCACUAGGCGAAACUGCAGACUGAUAGGAGGAACCAAAGAGCUCUGCAGAGAAACUCCAGCGGCUGUGAUGAACCACAGCGAAGGACAACAAAGGUGUUGGUGCAGCCUCAGUAUUGUGGACCUUCCAGUAAAAAUGAGCCCCCUUGACACAUCCAACACCUCAGCAGAAGGGGAGCCUAGCGAAAGUGAUCUGUCGUUUUUGUUCAACGGCAGCUUUGAUUCAUUCCAGCCCGGUUUUAGCUCUGAUAUCACCAAACACCUUGGAGUCCAAAUCACUCUUAUAAUGGCUUAUUCCUUAAUAAUCCUGCUGGGACUGCUGGGCAAUUCCCUCGUCAUCUACAUGAUUAUUCGCUACAGGAACAUGCGGACAGUGACCAACUACUUCAUAGCCAACCUGGCCUUGGCAGACCUUCUGAUGGUCACUCUGUGUCUGCCCUUUACUCUGAUUUACACUCUGCUGGAUGAAUGGAAGUUUGGUGCCGUGUUGUGCCACAUGGUCCCGUUUGCCCAAGCUCUAAGUGUUCAUGUGUCCAUCCUGACCCUGACUGUCAUAGCUCUGGAGCGUUACCGCUGUAUUGUUUUCCAUCUUGGUCAACGGCUAACAUGGCAUUCCAGCCUCUUCAUCAUGGCAUUCACCUGGACUAUUUCUUCUGUCCUGGCAGCUCCUCUUGCCAUCUUCAGGGAAUAUCGCUAUGAAGAGAUUCCUCCUAUCAAUUUGCGCAUGCCUGUCUGCUCUGAGAAGUGGCCCCAUGGCAUCAACAGGGAUGGAGUCAUAUACAGUCUCUCAAUGAUCCUGCUAUUGUACAUUCUUCCUUUAGCAAUCAUCAGUUAUGCAUACAUAUGCAUUUGGGUCAAACUGAAAAACCAUGUCAGUCCAUCCAGCCGUAACGACAGCAUCAACCGACGCAAGAAAACCACAAAGAUGCUGGCGCUGGUAGUAGUGGUAUUUGCAACCAGUUGGCUGCCUUUACAUGUGCUCCAGUUGGCUACUGACCUGGACUUGGUGCUCCGGUUUGAGGAGUAUAAGCUCAUCUUCACGGUGUUUCACAUUGUGGCUAUGUGCCCUACCUUCACCAACCCUCUCCUUUAUGGAUGGAUGAAUAAAAACUACAGGAAUGGCUUCAUAAUGGUGUUCCGUUGCGAGGACAAGGCAGAUACUUUCCACCCAGAUGGGUCGUUCAGGACACGCUCUGUAAGAGGGCACACUCUGAACGGUCGUAACAGCAGACACCCUCCAACUGCUGUAUGAGAUUUGUCUCGUUUAAAAGCAGAAAUUUAGCACAUUAACUAGACCUCUGCUUUAAGGGGUGUAUAUUUCUCAAGAAGCCUUUUGACAUAAAACAACUGAAUUAUCCUGAAGCUUUCAGCUCCUUGUUGGUUUUCAAAAACCUUGAAAAUCAUUUGUCCACAAAAGUUCAAAGUACAGGUACCUUAAGUACAUAUGGGUCACUUACUUCUGGUCAAUACUCAACUGCUGAGGUGUUGCUGCUGCUAACAGUGUCUUAAAUUAAACAAGAAGGAACAAGAGAUAAUGACCCGUCCUCUGCAUAGAGACAAUGGUUGACACAAGGCAUUGGUCACUAAAGAGGGCCCAAUACUUUGUGGGCCCUCUUUAGUAUCACUUUAUAGAUCUCUUUAUAAGGCUCCUUGUUGAAUUGUGAGUGGUACUUAUAAAGUACAUAUCUAAUUUAUUCAAACAUGUAUCGACAAUGUUUACCUAUGUCUUAUGUAAACAUGUUCCACUGUAUGUACAAAAUUCUUGUUGCUGAAUAAUGUUCAACUUCGCAGUACAUUUUCUAUAGAGAAAGCAGAGACUUAUGUGACAGUGAAUGUAGGCUUCUCAUGAUACUUCGGUAAUUGUUUUUAUCAUCCAUUCAAAUCCUCUAAUCUGGAAAAAUCAAAGUUAAUUGUUCUAAUCAAGAACCAGCUGUUCUUGAUUAGACGGAGCAGGGGGACUCCGUGUCCAGAAGAAUGGGACUGGAAAUCAGUGACCUGUGUGACGCCAGGGCAGCACACUGUUGACGUCUUCAUUACAGAAACUUGUUCAAGGGGAUGUGAAAAGAACAUGCGAUUCUGUGUUUGUUACGUUGCUGCUAAAGUGACCUUUCUGUUGAUCGUAUUUAAUAAAUGUGGGGACAUGAAUCAACAAUGAGGUCUCUGGAAAAAGGUUUCAAGCCACGACCUGAUACAUUACAGCUGCUGUUUCUAUAAAGACAACUUAUUGUUCGCUCCUCUGUGUCAAAUAAAGAGAUUGGUUGUGUAUGUGUGGAAGUAAAGUACAU